GGCCCGGCAGCGGCUGACGGGUCCGUCAUGGCGGCCGUGGCCACCUCCCCCGCGCUGAAGCGGCUGGACCUGCGCGACCCCGCGGCGCUUUUCGAGACCCAUGGAGCGGAGGAGAUCCGCGGGCUGGAGCGCCAAGUGCGGGCUGAGAUCGAGCACAAGAAGGAGGAGCUGCGGCAGAUGGUGGGCGAGCGGUACCGGGACCUGAUCGAGGCGGCCGACACCAUCGGCCAGAUGCGCCGUUGCGCCGAGGGGCUGGUGGACGCCGUGAAGGCCACGGACCAGUACUGCGCGCGGCUCCGCCUGGCCGGCCCGGCCGCCUCCCAGCCGCCCGCGGCCCUGCAGCCGCAGCAGCCGUCCCAGGAGUUCUACAGCAUGGCUGCCCAGAUCAAGCUGCUCUUGGACAUUCCCGAGAAGAUCUGGAGCUCGAUGGAGGCCUCUCAGUAUCUCCACGCCACACAGCUCUACCUGCUCUGCUGCCACCUUCACAGCCUGCUCCAGCUGGACUCUGCCAGUUCCAGAAACAGCCCCGUCCUCUCCCGAUUCCCAAUCCUCAUCCGGCAGGUGGCGGCGGCCAGUCACUUCCGGUCCACCAUUCUGCACGAGAGCAAGACGCUGCUCAAGAGCCAGGCCGUGUCUGACCAGGCGGUGGCGGAGGCCCUGUGCUCCAUAAUGCUCUUGGAGGAGAGUUCUCCGCGCCAAGCCCUCACAGACUUCCUGAUGGCCAGAAAGGCAGCAAUUCAGAAACUUCUCAGCCAGCCAAACCAUGGUGCCGGGAUCAAGGGCCAGUUUUGCUCCCUAGUGAUGCUGCUGGCCACCACCCUGAACCAGGCUCACGCUCUUUUCUACACGCUACCGGAAGGGCUAAUGCCAGAUCCGUCCCUGCCGUGCGGCUUGCUCUUCUCGACCCUGGAGACCAUCACAGGCCAGCACCCCACAGGGAGGGGCGUUGGGGUUCUGCAAGAGGAGAUGAAGCUCUGCCAUUGGUUCAGACACCUGCCGGCCUCCGUCGUGGAGUUCCAGCCAGCCCUGCGCACGCUGGCACAUCCCAUCAGCCAGGAGUACCUGAGAGACACGCUGCAGAAGUGGAUCCACAUGUGUAAUGAAGACAUAAAAAAUGGGAUCACCAACUUGCUUACGUAUGUGAAAAACAUGAGCAGCCUGGCAGGGGUCCGGGAUGCCAUGUGGGAAUUACUCACCAGCGAGUCCACCAAUCCCAGCUGGGACGUGGUGUGUCGGCGGCUGCUGGACAAGCCACUCCUGUUCUGGGAGGACUUGAUGCAGCAACUCUUCCUCGACCGACUGCAGACUCUGACAGCAGAAGGCUUUGACGCCAUCUCCAGCAGCUCCAAAGAGCUGCUGAUGGCCGCGCUGCAGGAACUCGAAAGCAGCGCCAGCAGCUCCGCUUCCAGUAAGCACCUCCACUUCGAGCACAACAUGUCUCUCUUCCUCUGGUCUGAGAGUCCCAACGACCUGCCUUCUGACGCCGCCUGGGUCAGUGUGGCAAACCGGCGGCAGCUUGCCGGAAGUGGACUCUCCAUGAAGGCUCAAGCCAUCAGCCCCUCGGUCCAGAGCUUCUGCGUUGCCCUAGAUUCCAAACUGAAGGUCACACUGGAUGACCUCCUGGCUUACCUCCCGUCUGGUGACCCUCCACUGUCCAAGGACCUCUCCCCCGCGCCAGCCAAGAAUUGUGCCUUCGACCGGUACUCCGAUGCUGAGACGGUACAGGAGAUGCUGCGGGCCCGCUCGGCGGCCUGCAUCCUGCACAUCACGGACUGCAUCCGGGCAGAGCUGCAGCGCAUCGAGGAAGAGGUGCAAGGACAGCAGGAUGUCCUCCGUGGGGUCAAGCUGCAUGCUGUGCUUUUCAUGGCCAGACUCUGCCAGUCACUGGGAGAACUGUGUCCCCACCUGAAGCAAUGCAUCUUGGGAAAAUCAGGGAGCCCUGAGAGACCAGCCAGGGACUCCUGGGCUCUGAAAAAACAAGGAAAGGGGAAAACACAAGAAAUCGUUCCCACGCAGGCCAAGUGGCAGGAAGUCAGGGAGCUCCUGCUCCAGCACAGUGUGACGGGCUACCGGGUCUGGAGCUCUGUGGUGGUCAGGGUUCUGACUCAUGGAUUCACCCAGUCGUUACUUUCAGAUGAUGCGGGUUCAGUCCUGGCCACGGCCACCAGCUGGGAUGAACUAGAAAUUCAGGAGGAAGCAGAGUCUGGCAGCAGCGUCACCUCCAAGAUCCGACUCCCAGCACAGCCAUCCUGGUAUGUACAGUCCUUCCUGUUUAGUUUGUGCCAGGAAAUUAACCGGGUCGGAGGCCAUGCCUUGCCAAAGGUGACGCUGCAGGAGAUGCUAAAGAGUUGCAUGACUCAGGUAGUGGCUGCCUAUGAGAAAUUUUCAGAAGAAAAACAGAUCAAGAAAGAAGGUGCGUUUCCAAUGACCCAGAACCGCGCCCUGCAGCUGCUUUACGAUCUGCGUUACCUCAACAUUGUCCUGACAGCCAAGGCCGAGGAAGUGAAAAGUGGCCGAAGCAAACAGGACAGCAGAGUUGAAAAAGUGGCUGACUACUUGGAAGCACUCAUUGAUCCCUUCGACCUGGACGUCUUCACACCCCACCUCAACAGCAACCUUAACCGACUAGUGCAGCGAACCUCUGUUCUGCUGGGACUGGUUAGUGGUACGGAGAACCAGUUCGCCCCCAGGAGCAGUGUGUUCAACUCCCAAGAACCCCAUAACAUCCUGCCGCUGGCAUCAAGUCAGAUCAGGUUUGGACUUCUUCCGCUGAGUAUGACAAGCUCUCGGAAGGCCAAAUUAACCAGCAGAAGCAUCGAAACGAAAGCCCAGGUCACGCCCCCGGCACUGUCCCGAGCAGGUGACCCGACACAUCCUGGCUCCUUGUUCAGACAGUUUGUCAGUGAAGAUGAGGACGCAUCUGCACCUUCACUGUUCAAACUCGGCUGGCUCUCUGGUAUGACUAAAUGACACAGGAGCACGUCCAUCGCUCUAAAUAAACUUGUAUUUCUCCCC